AAAAAAAAAAAGGAUCAACUUCUGGAAGUGGGAUACCAACACAUUUGUACCCUAAACCGGAAUUAACACAAAUACCGUACGGGUCAAUUCAACGCGGAGACAGUUCAUAACAAACAGAAACGUGUUAAAAGCCCAUAUAGAAAUGUUCAAUGUGAGUAUAUUUUUCUUUGCUUUUUAAUAGAUAUGACAGAAAAAAAAAGGUUUCCCGGUGGGUUUGAAGAUACAAAUGUAGGCUAUACUUUACUUACUUUAUAAUUACGCUGUAAUUAUAUUUAGUGUAGAUGGGGAUGCAAUGGAGUCCCAAAGCUAAACAGUGCGUAAAUGUCUUUGAAAACGUCCAUGUUCCGUUUAAAGAAUGACGGUGCUUUUACACGAAUGUUAACUUUAGCUUCGGUCAAGUGUGGCACGUGUAAGGUUGUAUGAAUGUACAUAGUGAGCUAAUCUGUGCACUGGCGCCACCCUGUAUUGAGUGGAAAGAAGACUGCGCAGCGCCUAUCUGCUCUUUGGCUCUUCCGAGAGUCAAUCAAAGUAGAACUCUCUCAAAGCAGUAUGUCAAGCUGGAGACGGGCUCUUAGUGGAGGAGAGCAAUCUGUCAAGCCAGCCAUGGAGCCACCUCAAAGCGUAUCGGGUUACUUGAAUGACAGCGUAACCAUGGCAAAUAAUUUGACUAAAACUAUUGUCUUAUCCUCACCAUCCCCGGGUCAGAUAACCAGCCAAUCACAGCCCAUAAAAUCCCAUUUCUUGCCAGUUAGAAUAAUAUUAUUAAAACGAGGGAGAGAGUCUAGUCUUAGGAGUAUGUUAUGUUGAAUCGGAAUAGAAAAGGAGGAGGACGGCACUGGAAGUAUUAAAAGUUAUUGCUGUAGUAACUUGAAGGGGAUUGACAUACAAAGUUGUUUUGCAUAAGACUUAAACUACAGUUUUCGAUCUCUUGUCUGAAAUAUAUCUCUCACUGUGGUUUUCUUUUAAAGUUUACUAUCGCCGUGCAAAGGGGACUUACAGCGCUGAUUGUUUUUGUGUGGUGAUCGCCAGUGUUGUGAAUGUCUUACUUUUAAAACAGGUACAAAAACAGAAGAGGCGAUCAUGUCAAUGCUUCCAACUUUUGGUUUUACUCAAGAGCAAGUUGCGUGCGUUUGCGAAGUGCUCCAACAGGGGGGCAACAUAGAACGCCUUGGCCGCUUUCUGUGGUCCCUACCUGCCUGCGAACACCUUCACAAGAACGAAAGCGUCCUCAAAGCCAAGGCCGUCGUGGCGUUCCACAGGGGCAAUUUCAGAGAGCUGUACAAGAUUCUGGAGAGCCACCAGUUCUCGCCACAUAACCACCCCAAACUGCAGCAGCUCUGGCUCAAAGCGCACUACGUCGAGGCCGAGAAGCUCCGGGGCCGCCCUCUUGGGGCAGUGGGGAAGUACCGGGUCCGCAGAAAGUUCCCUUUGCCCCGGUCCAUCUGGGACGGCGAGGAGACCAGCUACUGCUUUAAAGAGAAGAGCCGGGGCGUUCUGAGGGAGUGGUACACCCACAACCCAUACCCGUCCCCACGAGAGAAAAGAGAGCUAGCCGAGGCCACUGGCCUCACCACAACCCAAGUCAGCAACUGGUUCAAAAACAGAAGACAGAGGGACCGAGCGGCAGAAACCAAAGAAAGGUACGAAGAAAACAACGAGAAUUCAAACUCCAGCAGCCACAAUCCAUUGACUUCUUCCAUGAAUGGAAAUAAAACAAUUUUGGGGAGCUCUGAAGACGAGAAAACUCCCUCGGGAACCCCGGAUCACACACCGUCGAGCCCUGCUUUACUGCUAACGUCGAACUCUGGACUCCAGCCUCUGCACGGGCUGGCGCCGCCUCAGGGUCCGAGCGCGAUCCCGGUUUCCAGCGCAGACGCUAUGCAUCAUCACCAUUUACACGAUGUCAUCCUGAACCCCAUGUCGUCCAACCUGGUCGACCUUGGCUCUUAAAAACAAAC